UGUCUUUUUCAUUUCCUCUUCUAUCAGAGUUUUCGGUCUGCAGUUUCUUCCCCUGCAACUGCAACAACACUUGCUCCGACGAUGGCCACCAGCACCGUCAGCCUCUCCUCCUCGCCUCUCCGUUCGCUCACUUCGAGCUCAUCGCACCCUCCUCGAGCCAGAAUUACUCCUACCCUUUCUUUUGCUUCCCACCUUAAGCCCCCCUGCGUCCUCCUCUCCCCGCUCCCCGCGGCGCCUCGCCGCCCCGCCGGGCCUCGCCCCUCCCGCGUCUCCGCCGCGCUGGCGGGCCUCUCCAACACCGAGCCCGCGCCGGUGCCCGCCGACUCCGGGGAGGUCGCGCGGAGAUUUCCCUCCGCUUCCGGCGUUUACGCCGUGUACGACGGCGAGGGCGAGCUUCAGUUCGUCGGGAUCUCGCGGAACGUCGCGGCCAGCAUCGACGGUCACCGGAGAUCGGUCCCCGAGCUCUGCUGUUCCGUUAAGGUUGGUGUUGUUGAUGAACCUGAUAGAGUGGCUCUCACUCAAGCGUGGAAAUCAUGGAUGGAGGAACACAUGACAGCCACCGGGAAGGUGCCACCUGGAAAUGAGUCAGGAAAUACCACGUGGAUUCGGCAGCCGACCAAGAAGAAGCCCGAUCUUCGCCUCACACCUGGCCGCCACAUGCAGUUAACCGUACCUCUGGAGGAACUGAUUGAUCGGCUGGUCAAGGAGAACAAGGUGGUGGCCUUUAUCAAAGGAUCAAGAAGUGCUCCGAUGUGUGGGUUCUCGCAGAGGGUUAUCGCCAUCCUAGAAACCGAAGGGGUGGAUUACGAGAGUGUUGAUGUGCUCGAUGAAGAAUAUAACUAUGGUUUGAGGGAAACACUGAAGAAAUAUAGUAAUUGGCCCACAUUUCCACAGGUCUUUGUGGAUGGCGAAUUGUUGGGGGGCUGUGACAUCUUGAGCUCUAUGUACGAUAAGGGUGAGCUCUCUGGCUUGUUCAAAAAGUAAAGCAUAGAAUUUUGUGACUGCUUUCGUGUUGGACCAGUUUUGGUGGAUGGGAUUGGCAGUCUAUGAGAUAUAGCAAGUUAAUACUCAGAGAGCUCAUAAUGUAAGCUAUUACUGAAGCAGAUUGAAGAGAAUUUCUCUCUCAGUGAGUUGUCUAGGUAUGGUCAAUUUUUCUCCUCUUGCCUACUUCAGCUCGAUCUUGGUAAGGUUUCUCCCUACAUAUUGCUACUAAUCCUAUGAGUCAAUUCUCUGACAAAAUGUAAGAGGGAUUCUAAGAGACUAGAAGCAUGCCAUUUUUUGCACUGCUGGAAGGGUCACUCAGGAUGCCGUUUCAUCUUGGAGUAAUGUUUUACCUGAUGAGAGUUCAUUAUAUAUUUGAUUGAUCUUUGCAA